UUCGGGUUUCAAUGACAUUUUCAUUCGGUCAGUAAUGCCUGGUUCAUUUCUGCUGAGAUCGAUUAGUAACGUCUAGUCCCUUUCUCCUGACAUCGAUAAGUAAUGCCUUGGACUUUACUGAAAUAAACAACAAUUACAGCACCCACAGACAAACAAUGUUUCGCUGCGUUUUAAGGAGUGUGUGUCGGGCAGGAAGAGUGUGUCCGGCCUUUCUGCCUCCUUACACCCUGCGGAGCACACUGCGGGGGACACAUCCCAGGCCGGCUGAGCAUCACUGGCAAUGUUCAGUCCGCAGCGUGAGCUGUGCAGGCAGGAAGAGGAAAGCCCUGCGCAGCGCCUUCAUGGUGCUGGAGCAGCCUCUCCAGCCCAUCCAGCAUCACGUGUAUGAAGCUAACCUCCGAAACAGCAACGCCUGCCUCAACAGGUACAACGAGUGUAGGGAAAAGAUAAAGAAAGGUGGAGGGGAGAAAGCCAUGGAGAGACACACUCUGAGAAACAGGAAGUUGCUGGUAAGGGAUCGGUUGCGCCUCCUGCUGGACGAUGAGGACUUCCUGGAGCUGUCGCCGUUCGCUGGUCUCGGCCUGCCGUACGGGGACAUCCCUUCUGCCGGCUGCCUCACUGGCGUUGGCAGGAUCAAUGGCCUGUGGUGUGUGUUUAUUGCCAACGAUGCCACAGUUAAAGGUGGCACAGCGUAUCCCAUCACCGUGAAGAAGCAGCUCCGAGCACAGAAAAUAGCCAUUCAAAACCGCCUGCCAUGUGUCUACCUGGUUGACUCUGGAGGAGCUUUUCUACCACUGCAGUCAGAGAUCUUCCCCGAUAAGAACCAGGGAGGAAGGACGUUCUAUAACGAAGCCAUCAUGUCUGCCAUGAAGAUCCCACAGGUGUCGGUGGUGUGCGGCUCAUGCACGGCAGGCGGAGCUUACGUCCCUACUAUGGCAGAAGAGGCAGUGAUGGUGCACCGGAUAGGUACCAUAUUCCUCGGAGGGCCGCCGCUCGUCAAGGCCGCCACGGGAGAGGAAGUCACACCAGAGGACCUGGGAGGAGCCAGGCUCCAUGCCGAAGUGAGUGGCUGUGUGGACCAUUUUGCAUGGGAAGAAAAGGAGGCGUACGAUUACACCAGAAACAUUGUGUCUACCCUCAACUUCCAACUGCCCGAGGAAGAGGAGGAGGAUGAGGAGAGGAGGAGGAGGAGGAAAGCUGAGGAGGAGCCGCUGUAUGAAUCAAUGGAGCUUUUGGGCCUCGCUCCUAAAAGUUAUAACUACAGCCUGGAUGUUAAAAUGGUGGUCAGUCGGCUGGUAGACGGGGGCCGCUUCCAGGAGUUUAAAGCUCGCUAUGGAACCACACUGGUCACUGGCUUUGCAAACAUACAUGGCCAUCUGGUGGGAAUAGUGGCCAACAACGGAGAGCUGUCACACCAGGCCUCACUGAAAGGGAGCCACUUUGUCCAGCUGUGUGACCAGAGAGACAUCCCCCUCCUCUUCCUCCAGAACACAGCACCCACAGCGGCUCUAACGCUCUCCACGAUGCAGGCAGAGGUGAACAGCAAUCGACUGAAGGCUCAGGGUUCAAUGAUGUCAGCAGUAGCAUGUGCCUCUGUGCCUAAAAUCACGGUUGUGAUUGGUGGUUGCCAUGGCGCUGACAGCUAUGCCAUGUGCGGCCGCUCGUUUGAUCCCAACUUCCUGUUCCUGUGGCCCAACGCCAGAGUGUCGAUGGCGGCCCCGGGUCACGCUGGCUCCCUGCUGCCUCCCGACAGUGAGCAGGAGGACGAGCUAAAUAGGACCCUGGAGGAGGAGAGCUCAGCGUUCUUCUCCACCGGGAGGCUCUGGGACGAUGGAGUCAUUCUGCCUCAGGACACCAGGAAGGUUGUCAGAACCUGCCUGGAUAUCAUCCAGCAGCAGCGGUAUCAGCUGUCCACGGAGAAACUACGAUCACCACUUCUGCGUAUCUAGAGGCCGCCGUCUCUCUCCUCGCGUCCUCUGGACGAAGCGUCCGCCCGGGAAGCUGCUGAUUAUAAUUCUGUCGGGUUGCUCGGUGCAAAUCCAAAGGAUCCAAAAUGGUGUGUUCCUGAAUUUUGUUAGAGCUAAAUAUUUAAAUGUGGGCCCACAAUAUACAUCUACUCUUUUAAUUGAGUCCAGUUAUUAGGAAGUUAAUUGUUAUGUUGUUCAAUUAACCUGGAAAUAUUUCUUUGUAAUGGACAUAUAAAGAAAUGAAAUGUAAAAACUAACUUGUUUUCCAAAAUGUCCAUUAAACGAUAUCACUGAUGAUCUGACAAUUGACACACCUGCUCCGAGAUGACAAAUAUUCAGCCAGGAGGGGGCGGCAUUUUUCAGACAAAGACGCCAAAGCUAAACAUAGUGGAAACAAAUUAGAAAAGACUUCAAGGAGUUUAAAUGCUAUGGCAAAUUAAAUUAUAACAUUUCUUCUACUUUUGUCCUUUUACAAACAACCACAUUACCGUUAUAUUUGUUUGUUUUUAUCUCCACUACUGAAGUACUAAGGUCUUCCUGCAUUCACACUGGCCAUGCCCUUAUUAGGAUGCCUCUAAGUAAUACUGCGUCAUGAUGGAAAUGUAUUUCCACAAAGUUAGUUACUCCGCUAGUUCCUAGGAACUGGUUCAUCCUGCAAAAGUGCCUCAUUGUGUUUUGGGUUGUGUUUCUUUGACAUCUUGUCUGUUGACCAGCAGUGAAGUCACCCAAUGCUACAACACACAUGAGCGAUCGUUAAUAUGUCACCAUUACAUUUCUUCAGAUGGCAAAUUCUAUCUGCUUUUUAAAUAUUUUGUUCAACUGUGAAUGUAAAUGAACCAUGCGCUGUCCUUAUGUUAUUUGUAAAAUAAGAUUAUCAAAAAUGUAAAUACAUUUUCUAUUUGCAAAACUUUGUGUUUGUGAAUUAUUUUGUCUAGGAGGAUUUUGGGGACAUUAACGAUUGAAAAAAACUAGGGCCGGGACUCGAUUAAAAAUAUUAAUCUAAUUAAUUAGAGGCUUUGUAAUUAAUUAAUUGAAAUUAAUCGCAUUUUAAUUGCAUAAAUAUUUGACCUGAGAACAGUGAGAAGUAAUUUUUUUUUUUUUUCACAUGUAUUUUUAUUUUUGUUCUACCAAUUCCAGCAGACAAGUGUAGAAAUAGCAUAUUUAGAAAUAUAGUACUUUCAGAAAUUUAGGUAGGUAGAAUCUAUGAGAACCUAUGAGAAUUGAGGUUGGAUUCAAAAGCGUCAACAGGUGUGUGGUGGAACAGUGCAGGGAGAUAGCAGGAAGGCUGAAGUGUGGAAGAUCCUCAGUUCAAACCUGCUCUCUCAGAAGGAGGGUUUGGUUGCAGUCAGGGCUUCAAACUGUAAACUUUGAAACAGUUUUGAGGUUUAGUAAACAAUCCCAAGGUCUAAUAGGAGAAACAGACACAAUGAGGCAUGUACUUGAAUAGCACAAGGGACAAACUGAAGGGCUGCAGGC